AUGGACCAGUUAGUCACACUGCUGCAGAUGUGGGUUGUUCCUCUUUGUCUCACCGUCUGAGUUUACUGGUGGAGAUCUCUGUCCCUGUGGGGAAUGCUCUCAUUUGCUACCAGUUACAUCACUUUCAGAGCAGCCUGCAAUCCUCUCUUGGGAAGAAGAUGGAUGGUCCUAAUCUAUAAACUGAAUUAUGCAAUUGGAAUUCUGGGUUAUCUAGCCAUAAUGUUUACCAUGUUUGGAUUUAAUUUAUUAUUCAGAAUCAAGUCUGAUGACUCCAUGCAUUUUGCUGUGACACUGCUUUUUUACGGACUGUACUAUGGACUGAUGGGAAGAGACUCUGCAGAGAUUUGUUCUGACUACAUGGCUUCCACCACUGGUUUUUGCAUCAUCAGUGGCAUGCCAACAAGAAAUUUGUCCAGUGACAUCUGAGCAAUCUGCGGGCAGAAAAUUUUUGUGGAUAUAAAUGAAGAAGGGAUCAUUGAAAAUACCUACCAGCUGUCCUGUAAUCAUGUGUUUCACGGAUCCCACAUCCGUGGUUGGUGCACUGUUGGCAAGAACCAGACUUGCCCAUACUGCCCUGAGAAAGUUGAUUUGAAGAGGAUGUGAAGUAACCCAUACCCUCUCCCUAAGAAGUGUGGGAAUGCACACGCAUUGUACGGACAACUUUUGGACUGGUUCUGCUAUCUGGUGGUUUGGCAACCAGUUGUUAUAGGCAUCGUCCAAGGCAUUAAUUACUCACUGGGUCUAGAGUAG